AUGGUCCUGUGUAUCGGCCCUAAGGGCUCCGGAAAAACCCUUUUAAUAAGGAAAAUCCAAAACCCUCUGGAUGUGGACGAAACCACUAGUACAGUACCCACUAUGGGCACCAACAUCUCGAACCUUCUUGUGGGGGACAAGCUGUACGAGAUCAGAGAACUUGGAGGGGGUAUAGCACCAAUAUGGUCCAAAUACUUUCAAAACGUCGGCAAAGUGAUGUUCGUCAUAGACACCUCCAAUUUAUGCCAAAUAUCCGAGGCAGGGGUGUUGUUAUAUACGGUUCUCGUCCACCCUUUGCUCCAGAGGGCCAAGUUUCUCUUGGUUUUGUCCAAAAUGGACCACAGUUAUCGACAAAUGCGCAACGAAGCGUUGCUGAUGCUCCAGAUGAAGCGCCUACAGAAGGAAAUCAAGCAGAAGAUGACCAUUGUUGAGGCCAGCGCCAUAACGGGCGAAGGACGUGAAGAGAUUCUCAAGUGGAUCACUGAAAAUUGACUUAAUAUGUAUGAUAGUAAAGUUUAAAGCUGUAAAUUGUGUUUUUUUAAAUAAUUUUUGCACCAGAACUUUCUCUAUUGAUCCUAUUACCGCCAUCUGUAAUUGAAAAUAGACGAUAACUGUUGGAUCGAUGAUCUUUUCACUGCAGGCACUUUAAAUUGAAAAUAUAAGCUACUUAUU